AAGAGGACAGUUCAAACAUUUUACUACAUUAGUAUUUUUGUUCUUUAUUUGGUUAUUAUUGCAUGAAUGUUAAGAGGAAGAUUUUACAUAUAUUAAAGCAUUCAAUGUUAUAAUACAAAAGAUUAGAAUUAGAAGUUUAAAAAUUAAAUGAGAAACAGCUUUGAAUCUUGUAGGCUACUAUUAAUUUAGUUUAAUUUGAAACAAAUCAAGGUUAAACAGUGGGGUAAUCCAAAUCUCUAUAAAUGGAUAGUUGGUGGAACAAUAAUUCUAAGAACAAAUUGCUAUCAAAAAUAGAGCCUGUUUCAGAUGAGCGAGCAAGGAAAAUUCAAGAGGAUUUAAUUGAAGAGAAAGAAGAAAUGAAACAUCAUGUGAGAAUGCUUGAAUACGAUUACAUAGAAAAGCCUUUAAAUGCUGACGAUAUGGAGCUGGUAUCCAAUGUAAAACAGAUUGAAGAAGAUGAUCAAAAUGGAGACGAAGACAGCAAUUAUCAGAAAGAUUAUGAAAAUGGUGGAGACGAUCUGGUAGAUCCUCAAGCAGAGCUAAAAUCGGAAUGCCAGACAUCGCAUUGUUCGGAGUUGAUGGACGAGUUGAUUGAAUGCAACAAACGGGUCAAUGGGAAGCGGCAAACUCUCGAGACCUGCGAACAAGAACUGUAUGACAUGAUACAUUGUGUUGAUCAUUGUGUUAGCAAGACACUUUUUUCACGUUUAAAGUAAGAUUUUCAGUAAUACAUAACUAUUUAUGAAUUUCAAAUGACUAGCUGUUAACACUUCCUAUAUUUACAUCACACCAUGGAAUUUUCUAUUAUACAGAUUAAUAAAAUAAUUAUAAUACA